UGAUCCUUAUGAGAAAUGUUAAGUAUGUAUUAAAAAGCUGAUUUAUGGUCAAAGUUUUUAACUCUGAAUUAUCGAUAUUUGUCUGGGGCUCUAGUGUGUUUACAUAAAGCAGUAAAGUUGAAAAUGAAAAAUAAAAAAUGAAAACAAAUAUAGGUCUUUUUUUCAAGGUAAUAAUCUAUCAUGUUUAAUUACACUAAACUACACUGUUUAAUUACACAAAUUAAUGCAGUAAAUACAACAGCCCUGCAAUAAAGGCUACCUUCUAAAAGGUUAUAAUUUAGAUUAUACGGAUGAACUGUGUGUUAAUUCUGGAGGCUGUAAUUUGUGGUGCUGUUGAACUGUAUUGUGUUAUACCAAGAGGUUUUAGUAAUAUUUAGGAUUUGUUACUUUAAAUGGAGUAUUUUUACUUUGACUUUAAAGGUUAGAAAUACUUUCUCUGCUGCUGGCAAGAAGCUAAACAGGGUCAAGGGGCCAACAGCUUUGUGAUGUUUCUCUCCCCUCCUUCCUCCUGUCCACUACUCAUUAAGUUGAAAAAUGUCCUGGUGAUCGGGGGGCCUUUGUUCCAUAUCAUAAACCUAUAUGAAAAAAUGGAUUAUGGGAGAUGAUCGAUCAGUGGGAAUCAAACUUGUGAUCUUUGUUGAAGUUAGGCCGUAGUGUACAUAUAAAAACAUGUGUGUAUUUAUAUGUAAACAACUUCCAUAUAGAACACGUGAGGCUUCUGUGUUCUUAUUUAUGCAAAUGAGCUGCUCGUCAUAGUUCCGGGUGCUGAUGUCACAGUGAACAUAUUCCAAAUGUUUGCACACUUUCUGAAACAGACUUCACUUCUUGUUCUGACUUCAACUGAGAGAAAGCGUUACAGCAACUAACCUUUUAGUUUCUAAAUUCCUGUAGUUCAUCCAUCAAAAAGACAAAAUAUGUGGCAUUGUCGUGCACCGAAAGAGGACCAGACGGGCUCAGGGGUCAGAUUCACUCUGCCUGUCCUGUCCGCCAACAUGAACCUGCUGUCCAGCAGACCGCAGCUCCAGAGGAACAACGUGCUGAAGCUUGACGAGGAAAUCGUCUGUGCCCUGGGUCAAGAUAUUUCACGGAUUCCCUCUGCCACCCGUAGCUCAAGGAGGCAUCUGGGCUCUCGCCAUACGGAGGUCAGCCAGUGGCAGGCCCAGAUAUCUGAGAGCAUCGGGCGAGUGGACCGGGAAAUCACUGCAGUGGAGCAGGUGAAAGACACCGCUGAGGCCUGUCUCCAAGAGAAGCAGCUGUACAGUCAGCUCAUGAGCAACUGCGUGGCGAUCGGUAACAGUUUGAGCUCAGCAGUCCUGAGACAGGACCGCGUCCUCACUGAGCUGCAAAGGGAAGAGCAGCUGACCAACGAGAUCAGAGAACUCCUCCAGAAGCAGAUCUGCAUCCUGCUCAAAAACCUCAGCUCUCUGAAAGAGGUCCACGCUCAGCUGCUGGCAGAUUUCCGGGACAAGGGUGAAGCCAUCAGGAUCACCACCAAAUGCAUCGCCUAUGACCUCAAUACCCUGAGCUCCCGGCUCCCCGCCGGUCAAUACAAGCCCAACCAUGUGAGCUAUGACAAGUGGCUGUCCCACUGCAAAGACCUGAGGCUGACGGCUGAUAAACUGGUUAAGGACUCUUCUUCCUUCAGGGGAAACUUGCGCUUCACCCUGGCAAAUCUGAAAAAUGCCCAGGUCCGCCAGUCCCGCAGCUCACAGGAUGCCCUGAGGAAGAAGAUUAAUGAGCUCAGCAGGAUCCAGGAUACACUCAUCUGGGAGCGGCAGCAGAUACGAGAUGAGAUUGCUGAUCUGACAACGGACGUACAGAAACUGCUGGGUCAGAUCAGGAACUGUGAUUCCAAGCUGCACAAGGUCACCCACCGCCUAGACAUCCUCAACCAGAGACCCAGACGUGAGCUCUGCCUGGACCAGCCCUACAUCAGCCUCACACUGGAGAAACAUGACCUGGUAAAGAUGGCAGCUGGACUUCGCCCAGUACUGAUGCGCUCUCAGCAGGACCUGGAGCUCUCUCGCAGGCAUCUGAUGAUCUUGGAAGGCAAACUGGCCAAAAAUGCUCAAGCCCAGGAGGUGGAGCAGAAGUGCCAGAACCUGCACCAGAGUUUCCUGCCUGCUCUGGACACCAUUGUGGUCCUCGCCAACAAGCCCAGGCUGCACACGGCCAUGGGCCACUCCAGCGCUCACUCCUACCUACAGUAGAGCCUGGUAGGGUGCGUUAGCACUCUGCUGCACACCUGUGGUGUCGCACAAAUAUAAUAAAAUACUUCAAAGCAAAGCAAAACUACAUUGGCUUGUGUAGAAUCAGUAUGUAUUAGUCUGAGCCUCCAGGGCAGUUGUCUGCUUUACCCAGCUGGGAAUCUGAUUCCAGUCAUUUUAAAUGUAAUAUAUGAAUACUUUCAGGAAAUAGCUGAAAUAAAUACAGGACUCACCACCACUACUUUAUUCCAGGGCCUGGCGGUGUCAGAUGCUUUGAAUUAAGCAUUUAGACCUUCACAGGGAAUUAAAAUGUACAGACAGUACACUGAAAUAACCUUUAACAUUUGUACAGUGUUGAACUUUUGGUGGUGUUUGGGUAUGGUCUCAGUGUCUGGAUGGACUCAGUUUGACCUCACACAAUACUUCCUGGCUACAACCCUCAAUCCCAUGAAUUAAAUGUAACUAAAAAAUCAA